CAAACAAAGGGAGGGUUUUUGGCAAGUAGAGAGCAGCCUCUCUCCUUCUUGAUUUGUUGCCCCCCGCUUGCCUUCAAAGUAUGUCGAGAAUUCCCUUUCUGUUUAGGAAAGGAAAUCUGACCCCGACAGCUUUGGCCACUUGAGAGAGAGAGAGAGAGAGAGACCUGGGGACCCCCCCCCCCCUUCCGCAUGCCUACAGUGCCUCCUCCUCCUCCUCCUCCCCGCCCGGCUUCGCCUCUGCAGCGCUUGCUUGGGAGCGAAUAGACCUGACACGGCUUCAGCGUUUCCUCCACGGGACUCUCCCUUCCGACGAGCUGAUGGACAGACCCCGCCGGAUCCGCUUCCUCCAGCUUCUUCUGCCUUUGCUGGCUCUGCUGCAUCUGCACGCCGGGCAAGAAACAUCCAUAGAGAGCUGCUGCACGCAUGGAUAUGAAUGGGCAAGUCAAAAAAGAGACUGUAGCUCUUUGCCACUAAAUCCUGAUUCCAAAGAAUGCAGCAUAGCCCAGGAGCAGUGCUGUCUCAAUCAACUGGAAGAGUUGCACUGUACAGCUGGAAUAGAUAUUGCCAGCAAGCAAGAAGACUGUGAUUCACAUAACGGUAACUUUACCUGUGAAGACAAAAUAACUAAGAAAUGCUGUUACUGCUGCUUUAUGGGGAAAGUGGCUCAGAAGCAAAGGAACAGCUGUGAGCAGAGUCUACUGAUGGGAUACCAGUGUGGCUUGGUCUUCAGGGCUUGCUGUGUUGAGGGGCAAGAAAGUGCUGAUACCCUAAUUGUUGACGGCACUAACAAAGAAUUAGAUUCGGUAUCAACAGUGGAGGUUGACCAUGAGGAUCACUAUCUUAAUGAUCGUUGUAGAGGAGGUGGUCCUUGCACUCAGCAAUGUAGAGAUACUGGCACCAGUGUCCUUUGUUCUUGCUUUAUGGGGUACCAACUCCAGCCAGAUGGUUUCACUUGUGAAGACAUAAAUGAGUGUAUCACUACAAGCAACACUUGUGCCAUUGGACAAAUUUGUAUCAAUACCCCAGGAUCAUUCCGCUGUCAGCGUGAGACCGGUUGUGGAACUGGUUAUGAAUUAAUGGAAAACAAUCUCUGCAAAGAUAUUGACGAGUGUGAGACUGGUACUCAUAACUGCCUCCCCGAUUUUAUCUGUCAGAAUACUCCAGGAUCCUUCCGUUGCCGACCCAAGCAACAAUGCAAGAGUGGUUUUAUACAAGAUGCAUUAGGCAACUGUAUUGAUAUUAACGAAUGCCUAACGGGUAAUGCUCCUUGUCCUGUUGGGCAGACAUGCAUCAAUACGGAUGGCUCCUAUGCUUGCCACAGGAAUGUGCCAAACUGUGGGCGAGGCUACCAUCUUAAUGAAGAAGGAACAAGAUGUGUAGAUGUAGACGAAUGUUUGGUACCCAAUCAGCCUUGUGGAGAAGGUCACACUUGUACCAAUACUCCGGGAAGUUAUCGUUGUGAGUGCCGCGCUGGCUACUAUUUUGAUGGAAUCACCAGAACGUGUGCUGAUAUUAACGAAUGCCGACGAUAUCCUGGCCGCCUGUGUAACCACAAGUGUGAAAACACAGCUGGUUCUUACUACUGCAGCUGUACAAUGGGUUUCAAACUUUCAUCUGAUGGGAGGUCAUGUGAAGACAUGAAUGAAUGCGAAAGCAAUCCCUGUAGCCAGGAGUGUGCUAAUGUCUAUGGUUCCUACCAGUGCUAUUGUCGUCGGGGCUACCAGCUUAGUGACAUUGAUGGGAUCACAUGUGAAGAUAUUGAUGAAUGUGCUUUACCCACUGGAGGACAUAUCUGUGCCUAUCGAUGCAUUAACGUUCCAGGGAGCUUUCAAUGUACUUGUCCCGCUUCCGGUUAUAAGUUGGCACCCAAUGCACGAAACUGUCAAGAUAUCGAUGAGUGUGUGGCAGAAACACAUACCUGUUCAUAUAAUGAGACCUGCUUCAACGUUCAGGGUGGUUUUCGCUGUCUGUCUUUAGAAUGCCCAGAAAAUUAUAGGAAAUCUGGAGAAACAGUGAGGCAGGAGAAGACAGAUACUGUUCGUUGUAUUAAGUCUUGCCGGCCGAACGAUGUCAACUGUGUGUUAGAUCCAGUUCACACCAUUUCUCACACCGUCAUCUCACUGCCCACGUUCCGAGAAUUCACAAGGCCUGAAGAGAUUAUUUUCCUCCGUGCCAUCACGCCAGCUUAUCCAGCCAAUCAGGCAGACAUCAUAUUUGAUAUAACAGAAGGAAAUUUACGCGAUUCCUUUGAUAUCAUCAAGCGCUAUAUGGAAGGCAUGACUGUUGGUGUUGUUCGUCAAGUGAAACCCAUCAUUGGCCCUUUCUAUGCCACCUUGAAACUCGAGAUGAACUACGUUGUUGGAGGGGUUGUCUCUCACCGUAAUAUUGUCAAUGUGCACAUCUUUGUUUCCGAAUACUGGUUCUGAUUGGCCUUGCUGUUUUGAUGGAAGCAGGAGAUCUCCAAAGAGAGACUCCAACACAAACUCCUAGAAUGGUAUACAUCUUUUUGAGGUAGGGUGAGGUGGGCAAGUAAAAAUGGAAUAUCUUUCUUUUCAAAGAACAUAUCUGGUUCAUUGUUUAUUUAAAGGAGAAAUAGCAAACUAUUUAAAAUAGAUGUAAGAUAGAACAAUAUCCUAUAGUUCACUUGUGUCGUACUCUGUAUAUAAAACAAAUAGUGUGUCUGGGUUUUUGUAGGUUUUUUCAGGCCGGGUUCUAGAAGCAUUCUCUCCUGACGUUUUGCUUGCAUCUAUGGCAAGUUGGAGUUCUAUAGAACUCUAGUAUGCUGAUGACAAUGUCAUCUGUGCGCAUUCAGAGGAAGACCUACAAGCCACUCUAAACACCUUUGCAGAAGCAUACGAGAAGCUCAGCCUGUCAUUGAACACUGAGAAAACCAAAGUCCUCUUCCAGCAGUUACCAGCCAAUCCCUCUCCAAUGCCAGAGAUACAGCUUAAUGGUGUAACAUUAGAAAAUGUCGACCAUUUCUGCUACCUUGGCAGCCACCUCUCUGCCAAAGUCAACAUAGACACCGAAAUACAAUACCGCCUGAGCUCUGCGAGUGCAGCUUUAUUCAGAAUGAAGCAGAGAAUGUUUGAGGACCGGGACACCCGUAGUGAUACCAAGGUGCUUGUUUAUAAAGCUAUUGUCCUCCCAACCCUACUAUAUGCCUGCGAAACGUGGACUGUCUACAGACGUCACAUGCAACUCCUGGAACGAUUCCAUCAGCGCUGCCUCCAGAAAAUCCUGCAAAUCUCUUGGGAAGACAAGCGGACAAAUGUCAGCGUGCUGGAAGAAGCAAAGACCACCAUCACUGAAGCGAUGGUCCUCCGCCAUCAACUCCGCUGGACCGGCCACAUUGUCCGGAUGCCCGCCCACCAUCUCCCAAAGCAGUUGCUCUACUCUGAACUCAAAAAUGGAAAACGGAAUAUUGGCGGGCAGGAAAAGAGAUUUAAAGACGGGUUCAAAGCCAACCUUAAAAACUCUGGCAUAGACACUGAGAACUGGGAAGCCCUGGCCCUUGAGCGCUCCAGUUGGAAGUCAGCUGUGACCAGCAGUGUGGCAGAAUUUGAAGAGGCAUAAAUGGAGAGCAAAAGAGAGAAACGUGCCAAGAGGAAGGUACGUCAAGCCAACCCCGACUGGGACCGGCUUCCACCUAGAAACCAAUGCCCUCACUGCGGGAGAAGAUGCAGAUCAAGAAUAGGGCUCCGUAGUCACCUAUGGACCCACCCUGGAAGAUUAUCCUACUUGGACAACGAGGGAUCACCUAAGAAGAAGAAGAUGGCAAGCAUCCGCAGAAGUUGUGAGGUCUUGCCAUAGAUGCAGGUGAAACGUCAGGAGAGAAUGGCUCUAGAACAUGGCCAUACAGCCUGAAAAAACCUACAACAACCCAGUGAAUCCAGCCAUGAAAGCCUUCGACAAUAAAUAGUGGGUUUGACUGCCCCUCAUCUCCUGCCUUGCUCGUUGUUUUUUUACUGAUCCAUGAAACAAGAUUUUACAUGCAAGAUUUUGCAGGAUCAGAACCUUGCCUGCUGCCAUCCUUGCCACCUUCAUUGUCUCAAAAUAGGUGGUCUGUCUAUGAAUUUUCCAUAAUGAAAACAAUAAAGCCACAAGGGACAUAAUCCAGUUGAUAUUUACAAGCAUAUAACCUGCCCACCCCCC